UGCUGUGGAGGAGUGAAGGGCUGGGAGAAUCAGGACUUAUGACCCUGAGCUCAUGAUCAGCUUAGGCAUUAGAGAUUAGGCUUUGCCGACCAUCUGCUUUAUCUGAAGAUUUUCAGCUGAUGAGGCGCUAGCAGGUUCAAACACCAUCGUGUCUGGGUCCUGGACUGGUGAUUUGGAGUGAGUGCUAGCAGGGCGCCAGUCUCCCUCUAGGGCAGGAUGGCCCAGGAUCUCAGUGAGAAAGAACUGCUGAGGAUGGAGGUGGAGCAGCUGAAGAAGGAAGCGAAGAACCCUCGUGAUCCGAUUUCCAAGACCGGAAAGGAAAUCAAGGAUUAUGUAGAGGCCCAAGCAGGGGCUGACCCUCUUCUCAAAGGCAUCCCAGAAGACAAGAAUCCCUUCAAGGAGAAAGGCACUUGUGUGAUAAGCUGAUGGCCCAGACAGAGCACCCCCACUUUUUUCCCUGUCCCUCCUCACCCAGGCGCAAGUGUGCUGGGAUCCCCAGGGACCAAUGUUU